GCGGAGCUUUCUGGGUAAAAAUGGAUGCUCACGAUCUGUUUCGCCGGCUCGGCGCGGGUGCCAAAUUCGACUUGAGACGCUUCUCGGCGGACGCAGCUCGAUUCCAGAUAGGAAAAAGGAAAUAUGACUUUGAUUCCUCGGAGGUGCUGCAGGGACUGGACUUUUUUGGAAACAAAAAGUCUGUCCCAGGUGAUUGUGGAGCAUUAAGAACUCAUCAGGAGCUACAAGAUGAAGAGAAAAAAGAAGAGAGCCAAAUUGAAAGGAAGAGGGAGCAAAACAGGAAAAAGAAGAAGAAGAUGACUUCAGAAAUUACUUCUCAAGAAGAAGUUUCUACUAUACAGUGGAUAUCAUCUGUGGAAGCAAAGAUUGAAGAUAAAAAUGUUAAAAGAGAAAAUAAACUAACUUCAAGAAAGUUAGAGCAGCUAAGAAAAGAAAAGCUAAACUUCUUCCGGAAUAAACAUAAAAUUCAUGUCCAAGGAACUGAUCUUCCUGACCCAAUUGCUACAUUUCAGCAACUUGACCAGGAAUAUAAAAUCAAUUCUCGACUGCUUCAGAACAUUCUGGAUGCAGGCUUCCAGAUCCCUACACCAAUCCAAAUGCAAGCCAUUCCAGUUAUGCUGCAUGGUCGAGAACUGCUGGCUUCUGCUCCUACUGGAUCUGGAAAGACUUUGGCUUUUAGCAUUCCUAUUUUAAUGCACCUGAAACAACCCACAAAUAAAGGCUUCAGAGCCCUGGUUAUAUCACCAACACGAGAACUUGCCAGCCAGAUUCACCGAGAGUUAGUAAAACUAUCCGAGGGAACAGGAUUCAGGAUACACAUGAUCCACAAAGCAGCAGUUGCAGCCAAGAAAUUUGGACCUAAAUCAUCUAAGAAAUUUGAUAUCCUUGUGACUACUCCAAAUCGACUAAUCUAUUUAUUAAAACAAGAUCCUCCAGGAAUAGACUUAACAAAUGUUGAAUGGCUGGUAGUAGAUGAAUCAGAUAAACUGUUUGAAGAUGGCAAAACUGGGUUCAGAGACCAGCUGGCUUCCAUUUUCUUGGCCUGUACAUCCCACAAGGUGAAGAGAGCUAUGUUCAGUGCAACUUUUGCCUAUGAUGUUGAACAGUGGUGCAAACUGAACUUGGACAACGUCAUUACUGUAUCCAUUGGAGCAAGGAAUUCUGCAGUAGAGACGGUAGAACAAGAGCUUCUCUUUGUUGGUUCAGAGACUGGAAAACUACUGGCCAUGAGAGAACUUGUUAAAAAGGGUUUCAAUCCACCUGUUCUUGUUUUUGUUCAGUCCAUUGAAAGGGCUAAAGAACUUUUUCAUGAGCUCAUAUAUGAAGGUAUUAACGUGGAUGUUAUUCAUGCAGACAGAACACAGCAACAGAGAGAUAACACAGUCCACAGCUUCAGAGCAGGAAAAAUCUGGGUUCUUAUUUGUACAGCCUUGCUGGCCAGAGGGAUCGAUUUUAAAGGUGUGAACUUGGUUAUCAACUAUGACUUUCCAACCAGCUCAGUGGAAUAUAUUCACAGGAUAGGUCGAACUGGGAGAGCUGGGCAUAAAGGAAAAGCUGUUACAUUUUUCACUGAAGAUGAUAAACCAUUAUUAAGAAGUGUUGCCAAUGUCAUCCAGCAGGCUGGAUGUCCUGUCCCAGAAUACAUAAAAGGUUUCCAGAAACUGCUAAGUAAACAAAAGAAAAAGAUGAUUAAGAAGCCCUUGGAAAGGGAGAGCAUUAGUACAACUCCAAAAUAUUUUUUAGAAAAAGCUAAGGAUAAACGAUGUUGCAAUAAUGAUCCUACCCACACCUGUGGCCUCAGCUCUAUGCUGAUUACUCUUAAGUCCAUAUCGUCAGACCCUGCUUCCCAACUGAGUAAUAAACCUAAAUCCUGUUGCCUAGUGGACCUCACUUCAGGCACUGCAAACUCACCCUGGUGUAGUAGAGGGUGGAGGAGACUGGAUUUGGAGCAAGAAGAACUGGCUCUAAUAUCACCUCUUCCUGUGAAAAAGGUCACUGGUCAGAACAGCAAGAAGAAAGAAGCUCCUGAGGACAAAAGUUAAAAACAGACUUUUAAAAGAACUAUAUCACAAAUGUGAUUUUAUAAUUUCAGCAUGAAUUUUUUUUUCAUGGAAUAUAUUGUCUUAUAAUCACCCAUACCAAACAUUUGAAGUCAACCAUAAGAACGUGGGACUAAUGAAAAAUGAUCCUAAAUUCUCAGUGUAUCAUGUCAAGUUUUAAUUCAUAGGUGAUUUUUAAAUGAUUAUACAAUGGAAAAAACAUUCAUUGACAUCUGUGUGGUUUGAAUCCAGAGUGAUACUUCUUAUAGAAGAACCAAAGCUUAUACUAAAAGUAACAACACCCAAAUGUGGUGAGCUGGAUUUUUCCCUUCAAGUAUGAAGGAACGUGUUGCAUAUGCUGUGGAGAGGCAUUUGGAACCACAUUGCGAAGUAAAGUCUUGAGAUUGAAUUCCCCUUCCUACCCACUUUUUUUGGGGUGUGGUGGGAGGGAAAUGGACAAGAGGCAACACAAGCUGUCUACCAAGAAUAAACCUACUCAUCUCUCUA